UGCAGUUUCGCGGGCCGGGGUGGGGCGGGGCCUCCGGUUACGUGGGGGUCAGCACGCCCCGCCCACCGCUUCCUGAACCGUGGAGUCCGGAUUCCCUGCGUACGCACGUGGCUUGCUCGUCUUCUUACUCCACGACCCUGCGCUGCAGCCAUGGCUCCCGGCCAGCUCGCCCUGUUCAGUGUGUCUGACAAAACUGGCCUAGUGGAAUUUGCCAGGAACCUCGCAUCUCUUGGUUUGAGUCUAGUCGCUUCCGGAGGCACGGCAAAAGCGCUCAGGGAUGCUGGCCUGGCAGUCAGAGAUGUGUCUGAGCUAACAGGUUUUCCCGAAAUGUUAGGGGGGCGUGUGAAAACCUUGCAUCCUGCUGUCCACGCUGGAAUCUUGGCGCGAAAUAUUCCAGAAGAUAAUGCUGACAUGGCCAGACUUGAUUUCAACCUUAUAAGAGUUGUUGCCUGUAACCUGUACCCCUUUGUGAAGACCGUGGCUUCUCCAGAUGUGACUGUUGAGGCAGCUGUUGAGCAGAUUGAUAUUGGCGGAGUGACCUUACUGAGAGCUGCAGCCAAAAACCACGCUCGAGUGACAGUUGUGUGUGAACCAGAAGACUAUGUGACGGUGGCAGCAGAGAUGCAGAACUCUGAUAAUAAGGACACCUCCCUGGAGACCAGGCGCCACUUGGCCUUGAAGGCAUUUACUCAUACUGCACAAUAUGAUGAAGCGAUUUCAGAUUACUUCAGAAAGCAAUACAGUAAAGGAAUUUCCCAGAUGCCCUUGCGGUAUGGGAUGAACCCACAUCAGACGCCUGCUCAGCUUUAUACGCUGAAGCCCAAGCUUCCCAUCACGGUUCUCAAUGGAGCCCCUGGAUUCAUAAACUUGUGUGAUGCUUUGAAUGCCUGGCAGCUGGUGAAGGAGCUCAGGGAAGCAGUGGACAUCCCAGCUGCGGCAUCUUUCAAACACGUCAGCCCAGCAGGUGCUGCUGUCGGGAUUCCACUCAGUGAAGACGAGGCCAGGGUGUGCAUGGUCUACGACCUCUAUCCGACCCUCACGCCAGUGGCCACUGCAUAUGCCAGAGCAAGAGGGGCCGACAGGAUGUCUUCAUUUGGUGAUUUUAUUGCAUUAUCUGAUGUUUGUGAUGUCCCAACUGCAAAAAUUAUCUCCAGAGAAGUGUCGGAUGGUAUUGUUGCCCCAGGAUAUGAAGAAGAAGCCUUGAAAAUACUUUCUAAAAAGAAAAAUGGAAACUACUGUGUUCUUCAGAUGGACCAGUCCUACAAACCGGAUGAAAAUGAAGUUCGAACACUCUUUGGUCUUCGUUUAAGCCAGAAGAGAAAUAAUGGAGUCAUUGACAAGUCAUUAUUUAGCAAUAUUGUCACCAAGAAUAAAGAUCUGCCGGAGUCUGCCCUCAGAGACCUCAUUGUAGCCACUGUCGCUGUUAAGUACACUCAGUCCAACUCCGUGUGCUACGCCAAGGAUGGACAGGUUAUUGGCAUCGGAGCAGGACAGCAGUCUCGGAUACACUGCACACGCCUUGCAGGUGAUAAGGCAAACUCGUGGUGGCUCCGACACCAUCCACGAGUGCUCUCCAUGAAGUUUAAAAGCGGGGUGAAGAGAGCAGAAAUCUCCAACGCCAUUGAUCAGUAUGUGACAGACACCAUUGGUGAGGGAGAUGACCUGGUGAAGUGGAAGGCACUGUUCGAGGAAGUCCCCGAGUUACUCACUGAGACAGAGAAGAAGGAAUGGGUCGACAAACUGAGAGAUGUUUCGGUCAGCUCUGAUGCCUUCUUUCCCUUCAGGGACAACGUGGACCGAGCCAAAAGGAGUGGUGUGGCCUACAUUGUCGCUCCCUCUGGAUCCGCUGCAGACAAGGUUGUGAUCGAGGCCUGUGAUGAACUGGGGAUCGUCUUGGCUCACACGGAUCUCCGGCUCUUCCACCACUGAUCUUAGUUCCCAUCAUCUCCCAGUUUGCUUCUGUGCAGUGAAUAAUCAUGUAUGGAAUUUUAAAAGUACCCCUUUUAAAAAACGA